GGCCGCCUCAGUGUAGUCGCGGCCGUCGCGGCGGAUGGUGGUCGAAGGUGGGUUGCGGCCGAUUGGACUGGUGCCCGGCUCUGGCGGUAUUUCUGAGUGGCGCAGCUGGGACUCAGGUGAUGCACGGGUCGCCGCUGCUCAUCAACCACGCUGCGGAUAUGGACGGCGGCAAGGAGGCGGGCGUAGAGACAGCCGUGAGUGGAGGUCUGAACAGCGCUGUGUGGGGAGCGGCGGCGCACUACCGGCAACUUCUGCAGCAUCAGCAUCAGCAGCUUCAGCAGCACACAGAGGAUGACGGGAACAUGUCUGACGGUGGCUCGGCAGGCUCAAGAGAGCACUCCCCGGCCCCACGCUCCGACCCAGAGCUUGAAGCGGAGACCAAUGACGACUCCUGCAGCCAGGACGUGCUGGAGAAGCUGAAGCAGCAGGUGGCCAACGUGACGCACGUCAGGAGCAGGAAGGAUACCAAUGAUAACGAAGCGCCCGACUUUCGUCUGCGGGAGCCGGUUCAGCCUCGCGCGUCGGCCGAUCCGUCGUCGCUGCCGCGUCACCGUCUGUCGCCGCAGUCGCUGCUGGCCGCCUCCAUGGCCAGCAACCCGCCGUCACUGGUGCCGCUGCCCGGCCUCGGCGGUCUGGCUGGCUACGGCGGCGCUGCCGGCCGUGCCAGCAGCGCGUCGCCGCCGGCCCGCGAGGCGGCCAGCCCGCCGACCAGCUCGUCGGGCCACUCGCCUCGCCAGCCGGCCGCCGCCACCGGCACGGGGAACACGCAGGCACCGUGGAACUACGAGGAACAGUUCAAACAGUUGUACGAGAUCGACGACAAUCCGAAAAGAAAGGAGUUUCUGGACGAGCUGUUUCGCUUCAUGCAGAAUCGAGGCACACCGAUCAACCGUCUUCCUAUCAUGGCGAAACAGGUGCUCGAUCUAUACGAGCUCUACAACUUGGUGGUAGCGCGUGGCGGCUUGGUAGAAGUCAUCAACAAGAAACUGUGGCAGGAGAUCAUCAAAGGCCUAAAGUUGCCGUCCUCCAUCACAUCAGCUGCAUUUACUCUCAGAACACAGUACAUGAAGUACCUGUACCCGCAGGAAUGUCAGAAGGAGGGUCUGAGCAGCCCCUCGGAGCUACAGGCCGCCGUCGACGGCAACCGACGGGAAGGUCGACGCAGCAGCUACACCAACAACUCUUAUGCCGACUUCGUGCAGCGCUCGCCGCUCCUCUCCGGACAAAUGGCUCCGUCGUUCGGCCUCGGUAACGGGAUGCCGAUGCCGACAUCGCUGCACCAGCAGGGUCUGUCUCCGCUGUCACUGGUCACCAGCCGGCCGGCCGCCCCCGGAUCCAACGGACCCGCAGGACACCCCAUGCCGCCCAGCUCGCCGUUCCUGCCGGCAAUGGGUGGUCCGGUGAUGCCAUCAGCCAACGAUACGCUGAUGACGCUCUGGAGCCUCUACAACCGCCAGCAGCAGCAGCAACAGCCGCCCUCGCCGCCCGGCCGCCGCCCCGAACCGCCCCCACCAGCGGCGCCGCAGAGCGAGGCGCUCAACCUGGGCGUCCGACGGGAAAUGGCCAGGCAGGAGCGGGAGAGGGAGCAGCAGGAGCGAGAGCGGGAGCAGCUGGAGCGGGACAGGAGCCGGGAGCUGGAGCUGCACAGGGAGCGGGAGCUGGAGCUGGAGAGAGAGCGGGAGAGGGAGAUGAAGCGCGAGAUGCCCGAGAACAUGUCGCCGCCCAACAAACGGGCAAAGUCCGAGGAGGGCGACAACAAAAUGGAGUCGAUGCCGCACACCAAAAUGAGCAUAUCCUCGAAAGCUGACGGCAGUCUCGUCCUGAGCAUGGAGCUCAAUGGCGUCGUGUACCAGGGCAUUCUGUUCGCGCAGCCCAGCCCAGGCCGCUGAUCUCCAGCCCUGCCGCCAUCUCGAGCUUCUCAAACAAGUACUAGUGUGACGUGUCGCCACUAGAUGGCACCACUGGAUUUCGAGCCGCGGGCUAAUCGAUCUCGUAGUCACGGCGUCGAACUCGCGUGCCCUGGCCGGCCGGCAGCGGUGGCUCUCGCGGAUGAAGUGCUGGCAUACUCACCAGUAACCUUGGACCAGCGUGUCCUUGACCGUGGGUCAACGUGUCCUUGACCUUAGAUCAGCGACUGGGUGACCUCGUACCAACACCACGAGAAGAUGUCUGUUGUCCGUGUUGUUGAAUGUCUGUCAGCUAGUGGCUCUCUCCUAUGUAAAUAAUCAGUUGUUGUAUGGAGCUUCACCAGCUGUAGCGACGGCGGCAGACAGUGCAAUGUGUACCAUAAGCUAGCAGAUCCUGUAUACGAAUGUUUGGGGGCUUCUAUGUCACUUACGUAUUGCUGAUAACUUUGGCGAAUAUUUUGACUUUGAUCUUUACAGAUGUUCUCAGGGCGAGGUAAUUCCAACAUUUUAAUAGAACUGUGAUUAUUUAAAUAUUGCAUUGUUUCAGACAUUUUUUAUUUAUUUAAAUGAUGUUCAGUGCUUCAAUGAAUUGAGGCAUGAACGCCAAAACGCCUAAUUUUUUAACCAGCGCAAGAGUUUGGAACUGUCAAGCAUACCAUAACAUUUUCAAUGUUUUGGCUUACUUCUUCACCUUAUUUCAUCAUUGCGACAAUUGAUGAAAGCAGGACCUUGCUCGUCUGACUGAUGAGCAAGGCGUGUUUAAGGUACUGCUGUUCAUGUAGCUUCUUGUACUUAACAGAUGUAAGUACGUUCCACGAGCCCCUGUACAAAGUCUUACCUCAGAGUGUAAGAUCAGGAUCGUUCCUAUUUAGGCGUUAUGGGGGAAAUUGUGAUGAUGUGGGCGUAGAAAUAUUACAUGUGUUCUAGCAUGAUAUGUAAACUCUGUCACUUCAAAUUAUCGGCAGUAUCCCGUGAAUGACGAUGCUGCCGUAAUCUGUAUGAAUAUUGUAUUCAUUUACUCUGUUUCCUGUAUUUAUUCUCCUUUGGUCUGGUGCCUUUGCCUGACUAAAUAGAUGUACCGCGUCCUUGUUGCGUAUGUCUCCCGGGAACUUCCACAUGGUUUUGAUUGUAUCACUUCUCUGUGUCGUUAUGGAGACGGGGGUCUGUUUCGGGGUAUGGGCGCCACCCGUUGUUCGGUGUACCCUGCUAUUGAAAUGUGCGUGCGUGAGUGCACGUGCAGCGUGUGUAUCCGCAGCCAAAUAUCAGUGGCACGACAGGACGGCAGGGGACCCCUGAGGAAGUGUCUAUGGGAGCAGCGCUUAGCGGCUCCCGCUCGACUGACCCGUGUACUCCCGUACUCGCGUAUAUGUGUGUGUUCAGUGGGAAUCCAACGGCAGUCUGGAAAAUCGUCGGCAGUGACCUAUUGUCGGCUCUGCGCUGUCGCAGAUCCGAUAAAGACCCCACUGUUCCAAUAUGCUGCAUGCCAAAGUCACUAAUAAACGUGUUCAAAUAGAAAA